UCCCGAAGCGGAGUGACAACGCACUGUGGCCGCUUGGAAUCACCUAUAUGCGCGUGAACGCCCUCGGAACCCUUGGUCAUUCAACCGGCCAGCCCUGGUCUUAUCAUUGGAGGCAACCGAUCCAAGAUGGCUGGAAUCGAAGUUCUCGGGGUGAUUGCAAGCGUAGGGCAAAUUAUUCAUUACGGCGGCGUUAUUGUCAUCGGGCUCCAUGACCUGUAUCAGCAAGCCCAAAGGGCACCAGAACGAUACGCCCAACUGGCCAAUCAGGUCGAGCAACUUGUCCAGACGGCACGCCUCAUAGCUGAGACGGAAGCCUUAAAGACCGAUCUCAUCGCUCGACACCUUGAAACUCUUCUUGACACUGUCAAGAACCUCCAUCGCACCCUCUCACAAGCCCUAAAAGACACGUCAAAAAAGCCUGGAAAGAGGUGUUGGAGGGCUAUUUGGUCCGCUCACAGAGAGGACAAAAUAUCCAAAGGCUUCUCACAGCUUGAGGAAAACAAAAGCUCCCUCGCGCUCUGCAUACUCGGGACGUACGGCGGAUUCAUGAUGCCAGCAAUUCAGAAGACAGGAGGAUCAGCCAGCUACCUUGAAGGGGAGGUACACCGCAGCCGGGCGAAGUCACCAAGAGUACGAGCCCAAAGACACAACCUAGAGAAACCAGACCCUUCUUCGCAAAAUUUAGAUGCCUUGCGAGCUGAAAAGGUACUCCCACUCUGAAUCGCCCUAUGUACCGUAACUUAUGCUUACAAGUCGUAGCCAGAAGCAAGCAAACCCCAUCAAUGCGAUGUCGACGAUGCGGAUGAACCCUCAGACCCCGACACGUUACCGGCCCUGGCUACGGCAGUAGGUGUGGGCAGCCCCACCAACCCUUUUAGACGCCAUAAACAGGAAGUAAUUCCACCUCCUCCUGCUUCUUCUGCGGGGCUAUCGCAUUACGACCAAAUAUUUCCAAGCCCGCAGUCCCAAAGCGACGCUCUUGCUAUCGCCUAUGGGCAGAGACACUCCCCUCAUGGCCAACGACAGCCCACACCGUCCUUUGAAAUGCCACCAGCACAGCGAGGUGAACUCAUCAAUGGCUUGAAUCCGUUUGUGU